UAAUUUCAUUUCUACAUGGUUAAAAAUUUAAGAGACCGUAAUCUAAGACCUGAGGCCACUAUUUCAUGCGUUUGGGCGGUAUCUACUAUCUAUCAUGACAUCAUGUGCAUAACCUCCAAAGCAAUCAAAGGCCUAGCUGUUACUGAAUGUUUGAUGUUUCAUAUUCAAAAUUAUUAUAAACACGAAUUAACGCUUAAGAGUUAUCGAAAAAUAAGUGCUAAAAUGGGCGAUUCUAAAACUUUAAAACCGGGAACAAUUGUGGGUUUCUGUAAUCCAUUGUUGGAUAUGAUGGUAGUUGGUGAUCAAAAUUUAUUAAAAAAAUAUGAUCUUUUAAGUAACAAUGCUAUUUUGGCAGACAAUAAACACAUGCCUCUUUAUGAAGAACUGAUGAAUAAUUCAAAAGUAGAAUAUACUGCUGGAGGUUCAGCCCAAAAUUCUUUAAGAGUCGUUCAGUGGAUUUUAAAAAAACCUAAUGUAUCAGUAUUUUUUGGUGCUGUUGGUAAAGAUAAAUUCAGUGAAAUUUUGAAAGUAAAAGCUAAUGAAGAUGGAUUAGAUACCAAAUAUCAAUAUUCAACAGAAAAACCUACUGGUACCUGUGCUGUUGUGGUCACAAAUAAUGGUAAAGAUCGAUCUUUAUGUGCUAAUUUAUCAGCUGCAAAGACUUUUACUGAAGACCAUUUAGAAGUUCCAGAAAAUAAGUCUAUAAUUGAAAAUGCAUCAUUUUACUUAGUUACAGGGUUUUUUCUUCAAGUUAAUCCAAAAGCUGUUCAAAUAUUGGUAAAGAUAGCUUUUGAACGAAAGUGUACAUUUUUAUUUAAUAUGAGUGCUUCGUUUGUUUUUAAAUUUUGUAUGGAUUCGGUUAAAUCAAUUUUUCCUUUUGUUAAUAUUAUUGUUGGAAAUGAUGAAGAAGCAAAAGCUUUUUCAGAUGGAUAUGAAUGGAAUUUAGACAGUGUUGAAAAAAUAGCUUGUAAAAUGAGCACAUUUGAUGUUGAGAAUAUUGGAAAUCGUUUAGUUGUAAUUACUCAAGGCGAAAACCCAGUAAUUGUUACGCAAAAUGGAGUUGUUACAAAAUAUUCAGUGAAUAAAAUUCCUGCAGAUAAAAUUAUAGACUCCAAUGGUGCUGGUGAUGCUUUUAUUGGUGGGUUUAUCAGUAAAUACAUCUUGGGAUGUCCAAUUGAAGAGUGUGUGAGCUGUGGAAUAGAUGCUGGAUCUUAUAUUAUUCAACAACCUGGAAUAACUAAAGACGAUUCGUUUAACUUAUAAACAUAAUUCUGUUAUUUCUUUUAUUUUUCAAUUAUUGUAUUAUGAUUCUUA